AGACAUCAAGUGCGUUUCUAGCGUGGAGAAGAGCAAGGUGGUACGAAAAACGCUAAAUAAAUAAAUAAAUAAAUAAAUAAAUAAAUACAAAAAAAAAUAAUAAAAAAAAAAAAAUAAUGAUGCCAAGAGAGAGAGUUCACAUCAACGUCGUCAUCAUUGGCCAUGUGGAUAGUGGUAAAUCCACAACUACCGGCCAUCUAAUCUAUAAAUGUGGCGGAGUCGAUCCCAGGACUAUUGAGAAAUUCGAGAAAGCAGCUUCUCAGAUGGGGAAGACGUCUUUCAAGUAUGCCUGGGUCUUGGAUAAAUUGAAAGCAGAACGGGAGCGAGGAAUCACUAUUGACAUCUCCUUGUGGAAAUUUACUACUCGUAAAUAUAACAUCACCAUUAUUGAUGCACCAGGACACCGGGAUUUCAUCAAAAACAUGAUCACUGGAACCUCGCAGGCUGAUGCAGCCCUUCUGGUGGUAUCGGCAGCCAAAGGUGAAUUUGAAGCGGGAGUUUCAAGAAGUGGCCAGACUCGGGAACACACCUUGCUGGCCUACACUCUCGGAGUCAAGCAGCUGAUUGUCUGUGUGAAUAAGAUGGAUGUCACAGAGCCCUCUUACAGCCAGAAUAGGUUUCAAGAUGUUGUGAAGAAUGUUGCUAUUUACAUCAAAAAGAUAGGUUAUGAUCCUACUGCUGUGCCAUUUGUGCCAGUCUCUGGCUGGAAUGGCGAGAACAUGUUGUCCCCCAGCCAAAAGAUGGCAUGGUUUAAAGGAUGGAAAAUUAAACGCAAGGAAGGCAAUGCAAGUGGCAAAACACUACUCGAAGUUCUGGACUCUAUUUUGACUCCAGUUAGGUCAAUCGACAAACCCCUGAGGUUGCCUUUGCAGGAUGUCUACAAAAUUGGGGGUAUUGGCACAGUACCAGUUGGAAGAGUAGAGACUGGAGUCUUGAAGCCUGGUAUGCUGGUGAACUUCUCCCCUGCAAACUUAUCGGCAGAGGUCAAGACCAUAGAAAUGCAUCACCAAGGCAUCCCAACAGCGUUCCCUGGACACAAUAUUGGCUUCAACAUCAAGAAUGUUUCUGUGAAGCACCUCAGACGUGGUGAUGUGGCAGGGAAUGCCCACAGUGACCCACCCUCUGAUGCGUCAAGUUUUACUGCACAGGUGAUCAUCCUUAACCACCCAGGGCACAUCAAGGCAGGCUACUCGCCAGUGAUUGACUGCCACACAGCCCAUGUUACCUGCAAGUUUGCAGAGCUGAAAGCAAAGAUGGACAGGAGAACUGGGAAGAAGUUGGAGGACCAUCCUUUAGUGCUGACAUCUGGAGAUGCUGCCACUGUAAAGCUGGUUCCCAAAAAACCCUUGUGUGUGGAGAGCUUCUUUGAAUAUCCUCCUCUGGGACGCUUUGCAGCCAGGGACCUGAAACAAACUAUAGCGGUGGGAGUUAUUAAAUCGGUGGAGAAGAGAAAUGGAAGUCAGAAGAAGAAAAUCUCUGCUUACUAAAUAAAAACUUGACUUUUUGUUUGGUGUUGCAGAUUACUUAAGUUAAAGCUGCAAUAUUUAAAGAUUUCAAAGCCAGAAUUAGUUUAUUUUUUGUAGGAAGCUUCAGUCUUGGGCAUGGUAGAGUUUAAGUUUAAAGGAAUGUUUUGUUGUAUGUAAACUGUUGCAACACUAAGCACAAGGUAAUUGGCUUUGGGUUAUUAAAAGGCACUGUUAAGUGCUGUAUGUUUGUUAAGUAAUAAAUCGAUGCCCUGUUAAA